CCAUCUCGCGAGAACACAUCAAAGACCUACGUUGCCCGGGCAGGCGAGAAAAAAGCUCGAGAAAUGGAUCGAGAUGAGGUCUGAAAAAGAACAAAUGACAGCCACGAAGGACAAGGGUGUCGUGGAGAUCAAGUUCAGGGACGAUUCGGGGGAGCUGGACAACAUUCCCAAGCAGAAAGAAGAGAAGAAGGAGGUUUUUACGAAGGUGGUCAUUCGAAGGCUCCCACCUCACUUGUCCAAGGAGCAGCUAGAAGAACAACUCAGCCCGCUGCCGUCCUACGACUACUUUGAGUUCUUCCCGGCCGAUCAGAGUCUGUACCCCCACCUGUUCUCCAGAGCCUACAUCAACUUUAAAAACCCGGAGGACAUCCUUCUAUUUCGGGACAGAUUUGAUGGCUACGUCUUCAUCGACAACAAAGGCCAGGAGUUCCCUGCUGUGGUUGAGUUUGCCCCCUUCCAGAAGAUCUCGAAGAAGAAGCUAAAGAAGAAAGAUGCUAAAGCCGGAAGUAUUGAGGAAGACCCCGAAUAUAAGCGCUUCUUGGAGAACUAUUCAUGUGAUGAGGAGAAAUCCAUGGCCAACCCCGAGACCCUGUUGGGGGAGAUCGAAGCCAAAACCAAAGAACUUAUAGCCAAAAGGACAACACCCCUGCUGGAGUACAUCAAAAACAAGAAAAUGGAGAAACAGCGAAUACGAGAGGAGAAGCGAGAGGAGCGCCGUCGAAGGGAAUUUGAGAAGAAGCGUCAACGGGAGGAGGAGAAGAGAAAGCGGCGUGAGGAGGAGAGGCGCAAACGUAAAGAGGCGGACAAACAGAAGAAACUGUCGGACAAAGACAUAAAAAUUAAGCUCCUGAAGAAGAGCGACCGUGAUGAGGACGCUGACUCGGACCGCAUGAAGGACAAGAGCGAGGAGACAGAGAGGGGAAAAUGGGACAAAUCAAAUGGACAGAUAAAGGUCAAGGACACCAAGGAAAAAGGUCAGGCUGAGAGUGACAAGGAACAGCAGCAGCAGCAGCAGCAGUGUCGCAGACAGCGAGACAAGGAUCACCGCGGUAAAGACGAGGAGAGGAAACGCCAGCGGCACCAUUACGACUUCGACAAGUUCCCGCGGCGCAGAGACGAGACCAAGUGGGGCAAAGGCUACUGCCAGGACCGUGCCAAGAAAGAGAGCCAUCACCACGUCUUCCCCUUUUGCCCCGACAGCGGUGACAAGCAGAUGAAGGAGGACAGGGACGACCCCGGAAACAGGAAGGAGCGCCUCCGAAACAAGGUGAGCCAGAAGGACCGUCCGGCCAUGCAGCUCUAUCAGCCCGGCGCCCGCAAUCGCAAGCGCAUCAACUCGGCGGGCAAAGGGUACGACUGCAUGCCGCCUGAGCCUGAAGUGGAGCGCUGUUUUGAGGUGGUCGCCAUGGCAACGGUGAUGGAUAAAAGCUACAACAAUAAAGACGAGCACGAGCGCUCUGGAUGUUUGUAAGAACUCUUAUCGUCACCUUUAUCAUCACAACUGUGUCAUAUUUAUUACAACUGUUGUAAGUACGGCUACCGUAGAGCUUGUUUUUAUCCAAUUGUGACUUAUUUUCUUACGUAAGCUUCCCAGAUGUGUCACCUCUACUCAUGCGAACUAAACUAGUAGUCUGUAUAUUCAUUAAGGGUUAGUUUCCUAAGGACACCUGUGUAUGUGUGUUUAAUCCAGAGCAAAUAUUUAUAUAUUAUAAUUCGAGAAAUGUUUCUAUGAGGAACUUCCCAGAAAGUAAACUUAUUUAAUGCAAAUUUAAACAUCAUUGCAUUUCAACAACACUUCCAGUUAUUGUCAGGCUAUGCGAAAGCUAAGCUAAUGCUGUUUUUUUUUCCAAGCUUUAGGUAUCUUAUUUUGCACAUGAAUUGGCUGCUUUGUAUGACAAUAAACCACAUGAUGCACAUUU